AUGUCACCUCGUAAGAACGAAGGCAUCAAGGGCAAGCGUACCAAGCGUACCAAGCGUACCAAAGUCACGCACACUCCAGUCUCGGAUGCUGGCGAGUCCUCACGAGCCUCUACUCAGGACACUCAACCUGCAUCACACAGCACUCUGGGAAAGAGGAACCGUCCCGUCGUCCCCGACUCUGAUGAUGAGUGGGUCACUGACGAUGAGACCGAAGACGGAAGCGCCGUUCUAUCGAAUCCUACAACUGACUCGGAUUUGGACGACAAUGUCACCGUGCAGCCGCCCGGGCUGUCGCUAUCAAAUCACAGCGAGUCUGACAUUGAGGCGAAUUUGAGCGACGUCACUAUGCAGCAAUACUGGUUGUUGCUAUCACAUUACAGCGAGCCGGUCUCUGCAUCUGUGAAAUACCCGCCUACUUAUGGAGAAAUCCUCAAGACAUUGGACCGGCUCUAUCAAGAUUACCCUUCCGUGCUCGAACGAGCGCACUCCGCCCCGCCUAAUGACUUAUUUGCGAAGUUGGAAGCCCUCUUCGCUGAGUCUGAAGCACUCAUCGCUAAGCUUGAAGCCUUCGACGCUAAGCUUUAUGGAGUGCAGGAGCAAUACACGAAGACAAUGGCCCGAAGGAUGACGGUGUUCAAUGAAUUGGAACGCAUCUCUGGACCGCGACCGUAUGAUGCUCACAAUCUCAAACUGACGAGGUUCCUUACUCGUAUUCACGAUCGGCGAGCGAAGCUCCGGGAUAUGGAAGAGUCUCACCGGUGGGUCUGA